AUGGCGACCCUACUAACCCUUCCCAACGCUGCUAUGCAAAAUAUCUACGAGUAUUGCGGUUAUGUAGCGGUUCAAUGCCUCCGUAAAACCUGCCGAACCCUCCGUCAAUCCAUCGCUCUCAUUCAACCCAAUUUAUCGAUCGAUAUGCUCCAAGUCACCCUGAACGCUGACUCCAUAACCUGCUCUUUUGACAGCUCUCUUGAGUCUUUUUUGCUGAAAUUUGACAGAAAUAAAGUCAAAAUGAUUCAUGAGAGUAGCGAUGGCCGGGUGGUGAAGCAAGUCGAUUUUGGGCCUAUUUUAGGCCAAGAAACCAACUAUUUCGAUGCAUUUUUUAUGGAUUUCAAUGUCUUCUGGAGCCAACAAAUUGGGAUUCUGAAGUUUUUCCAGGUUGGAUUAUACAACUGCUCCUCUGAAAUUAAGAAUGCGUUCUGUGAGCGUCUGCCAAAAAGAAUUCAAGCGAUAAAAGUGAAUUUGAGAGAGUUUGAAGCCCAAAAUGUUCUCCAAACCCUUCCAAUUUUCGACGAGGAGAUUUUGAAGACAUGGUGCGUCGUGGGAGCCUCCCAGAAUCCAGAAUUCUUGGAAAUUGUGGACUUUGCUCAGUGGAGACGAGCGGAUUGUGUGACUGUCGAGAAUUUCUAUGUGAAUCGAGGAUUCUUGGAAAAUAUUUCACAUUUUAAGACGUUUGAAGGACGGGUGCAGAGGUUGACCAUAGAAAAUGUGGCGGCGCUGAGAAGAAUCUUCCAACAAUCCCAACGCUUCAAAACCUGUCAACUUCAUUACGACAACCCGGAAAACGAGAAUUUGUUUACCACGAUUGCCGAUCCAGACCUGUUUAAUGACAUCGACCCCAAUGGACAUCAAAGAAAACGCCUCUUCUACCGUCGUACCCCUUCUAAGAUUCUUUCCAUUUUAUUCCAACUAAAUCAUGUGAAACUUGAAGUAUUGAAUUCAUUUUCUGUUCCGAGUACCGCAAUUAUUAAAAAUGAUUAA